CCGAAUCUGGGCGAGCAAAACGUUCGCAGCACAGAAGUCCUUUCCCCAUCGCGAGCUCGUCCCCUCUCGCCGCCGCCACCUGCUCGCGAGCUCGUACCCUCUCAUCGCCCCGGCCCCCGCGGAUCCCCCACCGGCCGCUCCUCAAGUCCGCGGCAGCCGCUCCCUCUCUCGGCCCAGUGGAGCUGAGAUCCGCACGGCCCCGACUCGGUUCAUCUCCUCCCUUACUCUUCCUUUCCCUUCUCUCGGACUCUCUCCUCCCUUGCUCUUCCUUCCCUGGAGACGACGACUGGGCGAGCGGCGGCGCCAUUUGUCCUGUCUUCGCCCAGCCCUUUGCCGGCGACGAGCGCAUCCUCCAGUGUCACUCUCUCUGGCGAUCCCUCGAGUAGGGUUCUUAAACUUUUGAUUGAACUGUGAAUUGUACGGAUUACAUGAUGCAUGCGUGAACUUCUUCAGGCUAAGAGAAGUGGAGAGUUCCAGCUCUGGUUCUUGUGUCUAGGCCUUGUGAUUUGGUGUGCUCUGUUAAAUAAUCAACCUUCUCUGAAUUGGAAAUCGUGGCUGCAACACCCAAUGGAUGUUAAAGGUCUUCAGGGAGAUAAGGCGGAGGGUAGGCUCUAUAUUGGGAAUCUGGACUUCAGGAUAUCAGAGUCCGACAUUAUCAAGAUGUUUUCCCCGUUUGGAAAGAUUACAGCUGAGGAUUUCUUGUGGCACACACGUGGCCCAAAGCGUGGAGAACCCCGGGGCUAUGCUUUUGUACAAUACACUACUAAGGAGGAAGCUCAGUUAGCAAAGGAAAAGAUGAAUGGCAAGUUAGUCUGUGGACGUCCAAUGGUGGUUCACCUGGCUAGUGAAAAAAGCUCUCUGGACUCUAGUCAUUCGCAUAGAGCACUCAAAGACAAGAAAGUGACAGGUGGUUCAGCAAUCAGAUCAGCACAAACUGAUCGAGCUGCAAAGAUAGCUGCCAUAAAAAACAAGUUAAAAUCCCUGGAGGAAGAAGGAUGCAGCACAAAAAGACCAAGACUCACACCAAAUGGCUUGACAGGCACCAGCAAACACUCUCAUAAGAAGUUUUGAGUUGACUUUUUGAGCUCUUAAGAAUGAUGGGAGCUUCUGCCCUCUCACGCUUGUGACACUUCUAUAGCUGCUCCCAUUAGCUUUAGGAAGUGAGUCAGAUCACAGGCGUAACAUUUCUCUGUCUAUAUUUGUACAACAGUUUGUACCAAUUACCUGUUUCUGAAUCAAUUGUCAUUUUUAUAUGGGAAUCAGUGUGGAAACUAUAUUGUGUUGGCACUGAUAAUGUGGCAGUCUGAAUAUAAGUUAAUUGUUGCUGGCUUGCUGCUAUA